UAAAUAUAGAAUCAUUCUCUUUGUGUGACUUGUAUUGCCAAAAAAUAGGAUUUCAAGUUUUUCUAUCCACAGUAUUCUCUCAAUGUAAAGAUUAAACAGGGGAGAAGAAAUAGAAAGACAGCAGAGUUGCCAUGAACAGCCCUCUUACCCGCCAUGGCUCUCGAAAUGAAGAACCCACUACGGUUCAGAACACCACUUCUAUUUCUCAGAAGUUGGACCGCCCCAAUUACGAACACUAUUGGUUUUGUCCAGAAACGAGAAUCUAUAACAGCAAGCACCCGCCCAGACACAUUCCUUCAGACCCCUAUCUCGAUGUUGUCUCCUUCAUCUUCUCACACCGACACAAUGGGGUUUCCGCUCUCAUCGAUUCCUCAUCUGGGUCUUCUCUGUCUUACUCAGAGCUGUUCCCCUUGGUGAAAUCCGUGGCUAGCGGUCUCCGCGAAAUGGGUAUCUCGCAAGGUGAUGUAGUGAUGAUACUGUUGCCUAAUUCCAUUUACUUUCCUGUUAUUUUGUUGGGUGUCUUGUAUGUGGGUGCCAUUGUCACUACCAUGAAUCCUCUCAGCAGUCUCUCAGAGACCAAGAAACGAAUACUUGAUUGUUGUGUGCGUCUUGCCUUUACCGUGGCUGGCAAAGUUGAAAAUCUGAAGACGUUGGGUGUCUCUACAGUUGAGGUGCCGGAAAAUGCAAAUUUAGAUUCAGAGCUGAACGAUUUUCCCAUUUUUAAUAAGCUAAUCUCUGGUAAUUUUGGUGUAGUCUCAAGGCCGGUAAUUAAUCAGCAAGACACAGCGGCAAUCAUGUCAUCUUCCGGGACUACUGGUGUUUCUAAAGGGGUUGUUCUUACACAUGGGAACUUUAUAGCAAUGAUUGAGCUUUUUGUUCGGUUUGAAGCGUCACAGUAUGAGAAUUUACCUUCAGAGAAUGUGUACUUAGCUAUUCUACCAAUGUUUCAUAUUUAUGGCCUUUCACUUUUUGCAAUGGGAUUCUUGUCAUUGGGUUCCUCCAUUGUGGUGAUGAGGAAGUUUGAUGUUGAUGAGGCAGUAAAUGUUAUUGAUAGGUAUAAAGUUACUCAUUUCCCAGUCGUUCCGUCAAUUUUAAGGGCAUUAACAGUGAAAGCUAAGUGUUCUAGUGGAAGGAGCUUGGAAAGCUUAAAACAGGUUUCCUGUGGGGCAGCUCCUUUGAGCAGGAAAGUCAUAGACAACUUCAUUCAGACUCUCCCACAUGUUGAUUUCAUUCAGGGUUAUGGCAUGACUGAGUCGACUGCAAUAGGAACUCGUGGCUUUAAUACUCAAAAGCUUCGGAAAUAUACUUCAGUAGGACUCUUGGCCCCAAACAUGCAAGCUAAAAUAGUCUAUUGGAAGUCUGGUUCCCCUAUGCCUCCUGGAGAAAGUGGUGAGUUGUUGAUAAGAGGGCCUGGUGUUAUGAAAGGAUAUCUAAAUAAUGUGAAGGCGACUACUUUGAUAAUUGAUAAAGAUGGCUGGCUGCACACUGGAGAUAUUGCUUAUUUUGAUCAUGAUGGUUACUUGUAUAUAAUUGAUCGUUUGAAAGAUGUUAUCAAAUACAAGGGUUUUCAGAUCGCUCCUGCUGAUUUAGAGGCUGUAUUGUUUUCUCACCCAGAGGUCCUUGAUGCUGCAGUAGUAGCUGCCAGAGAUGAAACAGCUGGGGAGGUACCAGUGGCAUUUGUAGUGAAGAAACAUGGAAGUGCACUUUCCGAGUCAACCAUAAUAGACUAUGUGGCUCAACAGGUUGCACCUUACAAGAAGGUGAGAAAGGUGGUCUUUACAGAUGUAAUACUGAAAUCUGCAACUGGAAAGGUCCUCCGGAGGGAACUCAAGAACUUAUUGACUUCUAAAAUUUAGGUCUCUUUAUUAGAAACUAUUCUAAAAUAGCUCAAAUAGUAACUAUAGCCUUUGGAAGAAAAUUUUAAAUAUUUCAUUUCCAGUUUCAUAGUGAUAUUGGAACGAAAAUGAAAAAGAUUGUUUGAAACAUUUUAUUGUAAUUAAUAAAUAAUUUUCAUUUGAUUUACAAA